AUGAAAUACUUAGCUGCUUACUUAUUAUUAGUUGAAGGUGGUAACGAAAAGCCAUCCGCUGCCGACAUCAAAUCUGUUGUCGAAUCUGUCGGUGUCGAAGCUGAAGAAUCCAGAAUUGCUGAAUUAUUAGCUUCUUUGGAAGGUAAGGGUUCCCUAGCUGAAAUCAUUGCUGCUGGUUCCAAGAAAUUCGCUACCGUCCCAGCUGGUGGUGCUGCCGUCGCUGGUGGUGCUUCCUCUGCUUCUGGUGCUGCUGCUGCCGAAGCUGCUGAAGAAGCUGAAGAAGAAGCUAAGGAAGAAUCCGACGACGAAAUGGGUUUCGGUUUAUUCGAUUAA